AUGGAGGCGGCAGGAGGCCCGGAGCUCAUCAAGACCCUGGGCUUCCUGGGCGCCGAGGCAGCCAGCACCGAGCCCAUCAAGGCGCAGUUCAUGCAGCAAGUGGUGAAAGAGGCGACCGCCUGCCAAGUGCUCUUGCAUGAGCGGGAAGCCCAAGAGGAGGACAAGUCCAUCCAGGAGACCUGGGCAGACGCCCUCUGCGUGGACGAGCGCAGCGGCGCCAACCACCUGGUCAAGGUCUACCGGCGAAUGGUGACCUUCUCAGAAGCCGCGCUGAAGGAAGCCAAGGAGGGGAUGGAAGAGCUGGACCAAUGA